UAAAAUAUGGAGACUUAUAAAUUCGAAACUCAAUGGCUUGAAAAACUAGCCUCAACUUCGCAAGAAUUUCAGGCUGAAAACGCAAGUUUUUAUGAUGGCAGUAGAAAGGAAAAAGUCACCACUCAUAACGAACGCAUGAUGAAAUUGAGUCCACUAUUUGCUAGUCAACCAAAAUUCGAAAAAGUAUGCAAUGAUGAAAAAAACAAACUAGUUCAUUCAGGCUUCACAAGUUAUCUUAUUACUGUCCAAUCAAAUCAUACAUCCAAGGAUCUAAAUGAAUUGCAUAAACUAGCAGAUGAUUUAAAAUAUAUAGUUAACUUUUGGGGACAUAAUCUGACGGAACUAAUUAUAAUCGGAUAUACAUUUUCUAAAAUAUUGCCAACAAUUAAAAUUACUUGUCCAAAUCUUAAGAUACUUAAUUUGGCAUUUGAAGAAAUAGAAAUUAAAGAUUUUGAAAAUGUUUUUUCUAAUAUGUCUCAUCUUGAAGAACUGACAAUUGAUUGGAAAUGUGAAAAUUUACCUUUACCAACGAUUUUAGUCGAAUCUAUAGAGCAAGUUGGUGGAACUUUGAAAAGUCUUGAACUUGCAAAUUUUGCAAAAACAAAUGAUCGUCGUUUACCAGAUUCAUUUGUUUCGGUAUUCCCUCGAUUAAUCGUUUUAGAAUAUUUAUCCUUACAUGGUUUUGGUGAUCUGAAUCAAGCACUGAUCCAGUCGAUAUCUGAAAUUAAGAGUUUAGUUUCUCUAAGUUUAGUUCCUGUUUGGGUGGAGGAUUUAGAGUGCAAUAUGUAUCCAAUUGGGAAUUUAAAAAAUCUCGAGCGAUUAAAUAUUCGUACGGAUUGUGGUGUUACAGAUGAAUUUUUAAUUAAUCUUAGCAAUAAUGCUAAAAAUUUAAAAAAAUUAGCUAUAUUUGCUACAAAUAUAACGGAUAAAGGUAUCAUGGCACUCAAUAAAUUUACCCAAUUAGAAAUACUUGAUCUUAAUUCACGUUUAUCACAAAAAAAUAAUGAGUUCAUUACUGAUCAAUCAGUUGAGUAUUUAAUUUCUAAUCAACAAUUGGAAAUGCUGGAUAUAUCAAAUUGCAUUAAGAUCACUGAUAGUUCAGUUCUUAAACUUGUUAAAAAUAUAAAAUAUUUACGAGAUUUAUAUUUAAAAGAAACAUCUUUGACUGUUGAACUUGCCAAAAAAUUACGUGAUAUCACUGAUACAACAGAAAUUCGUGAAACAUCUUUGUUAGUACAUGUUCCAAUUGAAAAAAAAAACUCCGACAAUGAUACAAGUGAAAACGCACCUUAA